GCUUGCGGCAGUGCGUUCCAGUCCAGAGCUUUUCUCAAAAUUAAGGAGGAGUAAAGAAAGAUGCUCAGGACUACCAAGUCCCCUAUGAUUCAACCCCUGCCUAACUCAGGAUUGGGCACGGCCCCCUUCUUUAAGGUGACUGUGUUCGAGCAGGAGCAUUUCCAGGGCAAGUCCCUGAAAUUCACCUCUGAGUGUGCCAACAUCCAGGAUUGUGGGCUGGACAACAUCCGCUCCAUUCGAGUGGAAAGUGGCGCCUGGGUCGGUUUCGAGCACCAUGACUUCCAAGGCCAACAGUUGAUCUUGGAGAGAGGAGAGUACCCUCACUGGGACUCCUACAGCGGUUCCCUCUCUUAUCACGUGGAGCGGCUCAUGUCUCUGCGCCCCAUCUACUGCGCUUCCCACCAGAGCAGCUGCAUGGUCAUCUUUGAGAAGGAGAAUUUAAUGGGCCGCAGUGUAGAGGUCUGUGAUGACUACCCAUCUCUGCAGGCCAUGGGCUGGGUGACAACUGAAGUGGGAUCCAUGCACGUGCAGUCUGGCGCCUUUGUGUGCUACCAGUUUCCUGGCUACAGAGGUCAGCAGUACAUCAUGGAGUGCGAGAGACACAAUGGGGAAUACCAACACUGCAAAAACUGGGGGUCCCACUGUCAGACUCCCCAGAUCCAGUCCAUCAGGCGCAUUCAGCACUGAGGUUAGCACAUCAAGACUGACAAAGCAUCUCCUGCCUCUCCACGAGCUCCUUCUUUUUGUUGGGUGGAGUUGCAGCCCACUCCACACUGUUUCACAGUUGACUGUGAUAAGAGACAAUAUGACACUGUUAAAGCACAGGGAACUCCACAGUCCACA